AUUCCCCACAACUUUUUCUCCCUCUCCGCCGCUUACUCUCUUAGAACAGAACACCCGCUUCCGUUUUCCAUCUCUUUCCUUCUCCAAUUCUCCCGUCAAUCAAACGCAAUGCCCCCCUAAACCCUAGAAAUCUCUCUCCCCUUGUUUCUUUUAUCACUACUCGCUCACCGCCGUAUCCGAUAUUUCAGUUUUCUUGGUCUGAUUUUCUGGAGGAAGAUGCGGGGCCAGCUUUGUGUGGUUCUUGUUUGUCUCCUCGCCCUCACCCUUAACGUGCAGUCUCAGUCCAGUUCCGGGGAUGCCGAUGUAAUGCAGGUUUUGAAGAAGAAUCUCAACCAGCCUUCCGAUUUGGGGUGGUCCGACUCCGACCCCUGUAAAUGGGACGGUGUGAGCUGCGAUGGCGAUAGACGGGUCACACGGAUUCAGAUCGGAGGAAAGAAUCUCAAGGGUACUCUCCCCUCGAAUCUGACCGACCUCACUGCCUUGGAGAUAUUGGAGGUGCAGUACAACCAACUGAGUGGGCCACUGCCGAGUCUAUCUAGGUUGAGUCUUCUGCAGAGACUCCUACUCAGCAACAACAAUUUCACUUCCGUACCCUCUGGUUUCUUCGAUGGAAUGACAUCUCUUCAAACCGUGGCUCUAGACAACAACCCCUUUUCUCCAUGGGAAUUUCCGGUGAGUCUUCAGGCGGCUGGUUCACUAAAAUCCUUCUCUGCUAAUUCUGCUGGUAUUUCUGGAAAAAUUCCUGAAGUUUUCGAAGCGUUCCCUAGUUUGACGGAUUUGCAUUUGGCUUUUAAUUCUCUGGAAGGUGGAUUGCCUUCCAGCUUCUCUGGUUCUUCAAUUCAGACUUUGUGGUUGAAUGGGCAAGAGAGUGCCUCCAAACUUAAUGGUACAAUUGAAGUGCUACAGAACAUGACAUCAUUGACACAGGUUUGGUUGAAUAUGAAUAGUUUUACAGGUCCUUUGCCCGAUUUUUCCAGCUUAACGAAUCUGCAAGAUUUGAAUUUGAGGGAUAAUGGAUUCACGGGUCCUGUUCCAUCUACCUUACUGAACCUUAAGUCUCUUAAAACGGUGAAUUUGACCAAUAACUUGCUUCAGGGACCCAUGCCGGAAUUCGCAAGUUCUGUUGCAGCGGAUAUGGUGGGGGUGAACAUGUUUUGUUUGCCUGAACCUGGUCCCUGUAGUCAAACCGUUAAUACAUUACUUGAGGUUGCAAAAUCCAUGGGAUACCCGAGUAGUCUUGCCAAGAAUUGGAAAGGGAAUGACCCUUGUGACCAGUGGUUUGGACUCACUUGUGAUGAUGGAGGCAUUGCAGUUGUUAAUUUGCAGAAAAUGGGUCUUUCGGGUACCAUUUCUUCAAACUUCUCCACUCUUGGUUCAUUGCAAAAAUUGAUUCUUGCUGAUAAUAAUCUCACGGGUACCAUACCAGCGGAGCUUACAAAUCUGCAGAACCUUAGGGAGCUUGAUGUCUCAAACAAUCAACUUUAUGGCCAAAUACCAAAUUUUAGGAGUAAUGUUAUUGUAAAAACUGAGGGUAAUCCUGAUAUUGGAAAAGAGGGUGGUGAUGCCCCAAAUCCAGGAACUCCAUCUGGGGGUCCUCCAGACUCACCAACCUCACCUGAUGCAGAUUCUCCUGGAAAUGGCGGCAAGAAAUCUAACACUGUAGUGAUUGUGGGUAGUGUUGUUGGUUCUGUUGGAGCAGUUUUCUUGAUUGGAUUGGUAGGUUUCUGUUUCUAUAGAACAAGACAAAAGCACUUUGGGAGAGUACAGAGUCCAAACACAAUGGUGAUUCAUCCUCGUCAUUCAGGGUCAGAUAAUGAUGCUGUUAAAAUCACAAUUGCUAAUUCAAGUGUUAAUGGUGGAGGGAGUGAAACUUACAGUCACGCAAGUAGUGGGCCUAGUGACAUCCAAAUGAUUGAGGCUGGAAGCAUGGUAAUUUCAAUUCAAGUUUUAAGGAAUGUGACUAACAAUUUUAGUGAAGAAAAUGUAUUGGGAAGAGGAGGCUUUGGAACUGUAUACAAGGGGGAAUUGCAUGAUGGGACAAAGAUUGCAGUGAAGAGGAUGGAAUCUGGAGUGGUGAGUGAGAAGGGUUUAACAGAGUUUAAAUCUGAGAUUGCUGUUCUUACCAAGGUUAGACACCGGCAUUUGGUUGCACUUCUAGGAUAUUGCUUGGAUGGAAAUGAAAGGCUCCUUGUUUAUGAAUACAUGCCUCAGGGGACUCUUAGUAGGCACCUAUUUAAUUGGAAGGAGGAAGGGUUGAAACCCCUUGAGUGGAUGAAAAGGUUGAGCAUUGCCUUGGAUGUUGCCAGAGGUGUUGAAUACCUACAUGGCUUAGCCCAUCAGAGUUUCAUCCAUAGGGAUCUUAAACCCUCCAAUAUUCUCCUUGGGGAUGAUAUGCGGGCUAAAGUUGCAGAUUUUGGAUUGGUUCGUCUUGCCCCAGAAGGGAAAGCCUCAAUUGAAACAAGACUAGCAGGAACUUUUGGGUAUCUCGCACCAGAAUAUGCAGUAACGGGACGAGUAACUACCAAGGUUGAUGUGUUCAGCUUUGGGGUGAUUCUGAUGGAGAUUAUCUCAGGAAGAAGAGCACUCGAUGAAACUCAGCCCGAGGAGAGCAUGCAUCUUGUCACUUGGUUUCGGAGGAUGCAAAUUAACAAGGAGUCAUUCCAGAAGUCCAUCGACCAGACAAUUGAUCUUGAUGAAGAAACCCUUGCCAGUAUCAGCACUGUUGCCGAGCUGGCUGGCCACUGCUGUGCGAGGGAGCCUUAUCAAAGACCAGACAUGAGCCAUGCUGUCAAUGUGCUUUCAUCUCUUGUUGAGCUCUGGAAACCCGCUGAUCUAGAUUCCGAAGACAUGUAUGGAAUUGACCUUGAUAUGACCUUACCACAGGCGCUCAAGAAGUGGCAGGCAUUCGAAGGAAGUAGCCAAUUGGAUUCUUCAUCAUCUUAUAUUGCCAGUGCUGAUAAUACCCAGACCAGCAUUCCCACUCGACCAUAUGGGUUUGCAGAAUCAUUUACAUCUGCAGAUGGGCGGUAGGCAUGGUUGAGGAAAGAAUAUUGGAAGCGAGUUCUAGCUCAUGGUUAGAAAGACUAGCGGAAGUGGAGUUGUUGUUCAUGGUUAUGAGAUGCUGGGUUUGUUCAUUCCUCCUCCAUCCUUUCUUUUCUUCGUUUGUUCUUGUAAGGUUUGUUCUCUUUCUUUUAUCUUUGCUGGAGAUGUCUUCUCUUUGUAGUCUCCUCUGUGUUUUUUAGAAGUUUGGAAAACAGAUAUAAAAGGGAUUUGAUAUUUACUUCGUAGUUAUAUUGACUGAGGAAAUGAAACCAAUGCAACAACAUUGGUUUUCCUUUUUUUUC